GGGACAUACACACUGAGGUCGACUUUCCUCGCGCUCCUGGACCGUACUGGACCGUGACAGCAGAAGGUCAAGGUAGUUGUUGGGAGCCCGGGCCAAUCAUCGCAACCACCCACGCACUAGCCGCAGAAGCGGGCCGCCGAAGGCGGCCGCGGGCGCGGGCGAGGGCGAGGGUGCCGAGGCGCUCGGCAACCAGAAGAAGUUGGUCUUGGCAAUGGCGAGGCUGCUCCUUCAGUAAGAGGGCCGUCGCCGAGCCUACGCGUGGGACGAUAACAUAGUGAUGGAGAUACCCGAGGACUGCAGGCUCCGGACGCUCUUGGAGAAGGCGGAGGAAUGCUACACCGAGAUGGGCGCCACCGCCCGCAAGGAGAAGGACUUCAAGGGCCACCCAGAGGGCGAAAGCCUGGACGCGAUGAUGCGCAGCAUCCUCCAGCGCUUCGCCCAGGUCGUGCAGGAGGGGCAGGCCGCUCUAGGGACCAUCGUCGGGGCGCUCCCGGAACCGGCGAAGACGGACGUGACGCAGGCGCGGACCUUUCUCCAGGAAUGGGGCGCCAAAGCAGCAUCACCCGCUGGACGCGAGCUUCGCGCGACCCGGUGCUUCCACCUUCCGCAGGACGCUGAAGGCGAGGUGCGCUAGAUUUUCGCACUGACUGAAGGCCGAGCUGAAGGUUGAGGGCAUGUUCCAUCUCUUUCGGGCCACGCAGUGAUUGAAGUCUUUCGAUGUUUCGUUUCAAUUUGACUUUGCUCCGGAGAGCAGUGUGGCCCAGAAGGUGAAAGAACUUGCCUUUGGUGGUAAGAAGGAGGGCCGGGGUCCGAAGAAGGCCAAGCGGAAGUGACUCUUGAAAUCGAACAGGUGGGGAGGGGAAUUUUCCGAGCUGCACUGUCCAGUAUGCACGGGGAUGCAGCGGAUUGUUCGGCGAAUCUGCCAGGGUGCGCUCGGAGAGCAAGUAGGGGAACUGCUUGCCUCUACAGGGGUAGCCGGCGAAUGCAAGCGCAGCACUGGCCACAGAGGUGGCCUCCGCUGCUCACUGGAGUGGCCAAAUCAGUGAGCAUGUGCACGCACACCGAGGCGUGGGCGCAGAUAGGGGCCAGUAGGCUAGUGCG